AUUAUUAUUUUUCCGAUACAUUCGAAGCAAAAUUUCUUGAGAUUUCAGCAGAGUACACAAGGGCAUAAGGUUGUCACUCCGACGGAAGUUUCACGAUAAGCUCUCAAAUCUCUUUCUGUCCUUCAGCCUCAGCUCCGAUUGCUAGCUCCCAUGGCGACUGGCUUAGCCUUUUCAACUCUCUCAGGUCCAACUCAUCUCAAGAAAUAUGAAGCUUGGUCUGCUAAGUCCUCUUCAUUUGUCAGGACACCAGUAUUGAUAAAUCAGAGGAAAUUGGUUCAUCAGAGAACGAAUAACAACUUCUCUAUUCGUGCACGCUACAAUGAUCAGAGAGGUGGAGGUGAAGGUGAUUUUAUUGCUGGAUUUCUGUUGGGAGGUGCAAUUUUUGGAGCACUUGGCUAUGUUUUUGCCCCACAGAUAAGAAGAACAAUCCUAAAUGAGAAUGAAUAUGGUUUCCGGAGGGCAAGGCGACCAAUAUACUAUGACGAUGGUUUAGAGAGAACUAGGGAAACCUUGAAUGAAAAGAUACACCAACUCAAUUCUGCUAUUGACAAUGUGUCUUCCCGGCUGAUGAGAGGUGGCAAAACCAUGCCCCCGGUGCCCCUUGAGACUGAUCCAGAAGAAGCCACUAUGUAAGAGCAGCCAGCCAGCUUGCUCGUCUCUGGGAAUGGUGAUUUGUUGAUCCAGUCAGUCGGGCAAACGCUGUGGAAUAAUAUAAAUUUUUAAUUAAGUGGAACAGCAUAUUAAUAUUUGAUUGAUACAUGAACUUGAGUAAAACAUGAUGUCUUGAAUUAUUUUAAUGUAGUAAUAGGGCAUUGGAUUGUUGAAGUGUGAUUAAGCCCCAUACACAAACACCAAUUGUUAUACCAUUGAGCGUGGUUCAUAUUGCAUUGUGAACUUU